AUGCAGAACCUGGCGAUGGCCAAGCGAAGAGCUUCCGUGAUUAUCUCCACAACAGUAGCCGCGUGCUGGUGCCUGCAGCUCCUCUGCAAAAUCCCAACGGCGACGGCGGGGGCAACGGCGCAGACGGGGGCGAGAAGAACACUGUACUACCAGGACACGGGGUGCAGAUUGGAGACCUUCCGAGAGUUUGCCUACGAGGUCAUGUCGAUAGAGUCGGACGGCUCCGACAGUCAAGUGGGCUUUGGGGAGUGCUACGCUAGGGGAAGCACGGGGGCCAUCACCACGUGCGACCCAACCGAUGGGACGAGCACCGUCGAGACGUACCUCGACACGGCGUGCCAGAUCCACCUUUACAGCUCCAAGGACAGCCUCGAGUGCGUUGACCUCAGGGUGGAUGGAGAGACGUGCCCGCCAGGGGGACCGGGGUCUAUGGCUUCGGAUUGCAUCUCCGAGGACCCGAUCGACACGAUCACCCCCGGCACCUUCAACCUGAUUGGCUCGCCGUACAGCGACCCGUUCUGUGAGGAGCGCACGGGGGGAGAUCACAUCGUCUCGGGCAACGCGUUCGGUAUCGGUAACGGGGAGUGCUCCCUGUCGCCGCUUGGUGAAGGCGUGCACAACGGAGGGAGAGACGGAGAAGAAUCCGGACAUCGGGCCCACGCCGGCCCCUACUCCUUCGAUCGACUCAGACUCGGAUGA